UGCAAUUAAGAGACUUGAGAAGUACCCUUAGAGACUUGAGAAGUACCCCCUGUCAAUAUCAUACAGCCUCAAUGAAAAUAGUGUGAACAAUCUGAUACAGAAUGAGACUGUCUGUUAUAACAGAUUCAUUACAACAUUGUCAUAUCAUCAUCUUAUAAGUUGAUAUGGCAAUAUUGUUAGCAAACAGUUGCUUAUUGUGACGAUUGAUUUGGAGUGGUGUUUGUGGAGGUCACAUGUUCUCUCUUUGAGCUCUGUUUGUGGUGUGUUUAGCUGCUAAAUGCUGCACCAUGUUCACCAGCUAGUCUCUGCUGAGAGGCUUUUUAGAGUUCCACCUGCACCGUACCAACAAGGCACUAAAGACAGUUUAUAAGCUCAAGCGUAAGCGAUCCUUUCAACUAUCCUUAUUCAUUUUUUAAAAUUAAAAAUAGCAAUUGGCUGGCUGAACAGAUCAGGAACGAGUGCUGUUUGAUUGCUCUAGGCUUUUUUUGUACUUUUUCCCUGAUCACUCAACCAACAUUCUUUUCUUAAGAAGUGUUUGCAAAAUGGCAACAAGGAGAGAAUCAACGUGUCUCAGAGCUGCAGUAAUAUCUCUUUUAAACCACUAUUGUCUUCAUGAAUCUCCUAUGAGGCGGACCUUGAGUGGACAAAACAGAAAACUUUGUUUAGUUUUUCUUUCCAUGUACAGCUCUAAUGUCCUCUUUUGUCCACAGACAGAGACAGACAGAGGCUCUAAAGACACCAUGUCCACCGGUAUCAUGAGUCAACCUCGCAAGCCGGAGAGGAAAGGCAGUUUCUUCAAGUUGAUCGACUCAUUUGCCUGGGAAAUCGGUACACUGAAGAAGGAAAUGGGGAAAAAGAAAGAGCCUGAAGAAGACCACAAGACAGAUCCACUCCUUGGACUGGGCGAAGAGGUGGGAGGUCUCUUCCUACAGGCAUCCCCUUGUGCUGGGAUCGGAGCCAGAGACUCGGGCUACGACUCCCUCCAUCGGCGGCUCAGUGUUCUGGACAGACUGGUGCUAACACACGGCGUGUGGCUGCAGCUGGGCCUCAGCCAACAGGACGCCACGCGUGUGCUGCAGAGCCAACCCACCGGGACAUUUGUGGUGAGGAAGUCGAGCAGCCUGCUGAGGAAAGUCAUAUCUGUACGCAUGAACCAGGACUCUUUGGUUCCCGUCAAAGACUUCCCAGUGAAGGAGAGCCAGUACACUUUCUCUCUGGUGGGAUCAGGCCUGAGCUUCGCAGACCUUUUCCGUCUGGUGGCUUUCUGCUGCAUCAGUAGGGAUGUGUUGCCCUUCACUCUGAAGCUGCCAGAAGCCAUCUCCUCGGCCACAACGUCUGCUGAUCUGGAGGAGGUUGCUAAACUUGGAGCAGGUUUCUGGGAUGCUCAGGCGUGCCACAGAAGGAAGGACUCAGUCUCCUUUUCAGGAAUAGCUGCUCCCAAGAGACCACCUCCCCCUGUCUCCUUGGCCAUCUCUCCAGGGCGUCCCCGGCUUCGAACUCGCACCCCAUCAGAGCUCGAGUGUUGCCAGUCCAACGGAGCACUUUGCUUCAUCAACCCCCUCUUCAUAAAGGUUCACCAACCAGAUGGCGACCACAGCACCACCUCAAAUCCCUCUGGUACAGCAAAGAAAGGCCUGAGGGAGGAACCCGUUAGCGACGGCCUGGAAACCGACGACAAGGAAACUCAACACGCUUGUGGAGACAGUCCUCAGGUUUGUAUCUCAGAUCAAAGUGACAGCAGCCAGUCAGGUCAAAACGAACUUCAGCGAUUUGACAGAAACCCAGAGCUACAGGACGAUAACAGCCAAACCAGCCCCAGUCAGAAGAUAAGGUCUACAGACAGUGUGCGGCGGUCUCCACCUCCACGUCCACCCCCACCACACAUUGUGCCGCAACGCUCAGCCGCUCCUCUCCGACAGCGCAGUAUGCCAGAGAAGAUCCCCUGGAUCAAUGUCCCCAAGGAGAAGGUGGAGGAGAGGGAGAGGGGCAGCAGCCUCCUUUCUCGUCUGGGCUCCUCGCUAAGCAUCAGCCCCUCAUCCUCCCCACCCAAGAGACUCAACAUCAGCUCCCCUAUAUCCAUCCCCCGGCCCUCUCUGGCCAUCUCUCUGUCAUCCCUCUCCUCUCCCCGUCAGGCGAAGGCCUCACCAUCAUCCAGCCAGGAGGAUGCCCAGUGUCAUUUGGCACUGGAGGAACAGACUAUUGAGAGGGCUAUCAUGAGGGCCAAGCUGUCUCAGCGUAAUGCCACCAGUACCCCCGCCCAGGAAUCCAGUAGUCCUCCAGACCCCAUGCUGAUGACAACAAGCAAGCAGGCAGAUGUGACAGGAGAAGACGAAGAAGAAGCAGAUGAGGAAUGCAGCGGUGGCGGUCAGCGGCUAAGUGACAUGAGCCUCUCUACCGAUUCCUCAGACUCUCUGGAUUUCUCCCAGUCCUCAGCCUCCUUCCUUCCUGCUCUGCAUGACCCCAGUCCCCCGACGGUGGCUGACUUUAACACCCACCUUCCCCUCUCGCUCCCACCAUCCCAUCUGCCCUGCUGCAGCACGGAGGACGACGAUGAAGAUGAGGAUGACGACGACGAAGAGGACCACGACUAUGGUGUCGGCCUCGAGAGCGACCAGGAGCAAGACCAGGACCUGACCAUGGUGCCGCCGGGCCACCGCCUGAAGCGGCGCCCCAGCGCCGGCGCGUUGGUCCUGCAGAGGGCACUGCGAGGGCAGCUGCGUAAGAUGAGCGGCGUGUUUAACUCGCUGCUGACGCCUGAGAAGAGGGCGAUCCGCAGGGUGGUGGAGCUGUCCAGGGACAAAGGCUCGUACUUCGGCUGCCUGGUGCAGGACUACCUGAGCUACAUGGGCGAGGGUGCGGGCACGCAGCCCUGGCAGGGCUACGCCUCCGGACUGGAGCUGAUGCAGACUCUCCGCCAGUUUAUCACUCAGAUGAAGAGCUACCUGAGACAGAGCUCCGAAUUGGAGCCACCAAUCGAGAGCCUCAUUCCUGAAGACCAGAUCGACCGAGUCCUGGAGAAGGCCAUGCACAAGUGCGUCCUGAAGACUCUCAAACCGGUGGUGAGCGCCGCCCUGCAGGAGUUCCAGGUACGCAGUGGGGAGUGGAGGGAGCUGAGGGAGAACCUAUCGCUGGCCAAGGCCCGGCAGCCACAGGAGAUGGGCGUGGCCAACACGCCGCCGCCGGACCCUGUGGCCAUAGAGAAGAUCAGGCACAAGUUACACACCAUGAGUAAACUGUACUCGCCUGAGAAGAAGGUCUCCAUGCUGCUGAGGGUCUGCAAGCUCAUCUACACCAUCAUGGAGGACAACUCGGGUCGUCUGUACGGUGCUGAUGACUUCCUGCCGAUGCUGACCUAUGUGUUGGCCCAGUGCGACAUGCCCCAGCUGGACAACGAGAUACUUUACAUGAUGGAGCUGCUGGACCCCUCCCUGCUCCACGGAGAAGGUGGCUACUACCUGACCAGCGCGUACGGAGCCAUGUCCCUGAUUCGAAACUUCCAGGAGGAGCAGGCGGCCAGAGUGCUGAGCUCGGAAACCAGGGACACACUCCACCAAUGGCACCGCCGACGCACCACCCAGCGCUCUGCACCGUCUAUCGACGACUUCCAGAACUACCUGCGGGUGGCGCUGCAGGAGCUGGACAGCGGCUGCACGGCCAAGACCCUGCAGGUCCGACCGUACGCCUCCGUGGAGGAGGUGUGUCAUCUGUGCGCCCAGAAGUUCAAAGUGGCGGACCCGGAGAACUACGGCCUGUUCCUGCUGAUGGAGGGCAGCAGCCAGCAGCUGGCGCCGGACACCCAUCCUCAGAAGAUCAAGGCGGAGCUCCACAGCCGCUCGCAGGCCACUCCCUUCCACUUCGUCUUCCGCCGCUCGUCAGCUCCCCUAGACCUCACGGCCAACCUCAACAACCUCACCGUGACCAACCUGAAUGACCUCGACACGGACCCGUCGGCCCCCUCCCCCCAGCUCAGUCCCAGUCUGGGCCUCAGUCCCAGUCUGGGCCUCAGCCUGCCGCCCAGCCGCCUCAACGGCAACUCUAUAUCUAUAUGACUGUAACGGGGGGCUGACUGUAGGUUCUGAACGGAGUCUUUGUCUCCCCGCUGUGACCAUAUCGCCCCAACAUCUCCAACAAACAUGUUUCCAUGGGACCCAAACAGACCAGCAUGUUGAAAGGGUUCAACAUUGUGCCGUGCCAGUCUUUACAAAGCCUGACUUCUCCUUUUGGAUGACAUGUCCGUCUCGAUCAACAUCCUCUCGCUGGAAAGUUCUGUCAGACAGACACGGGUGAAAGAGGAAAAGAAGAAAGGAGGGAAGGAAAUGAGAGAGAUGGCCUUUCUUUUUUUGACUUUCUGGAUCUAUUUUGGCAACAGAGCAACACUUUGCUGAACACGUAGUCACGGUAGAGGUUCUGGAGAUAAGGUGAGGGGUACUAAUGAACAUGUGUUCAUAGUCCUGCCAUAAUGCUGGUGCUUCUGGUACAGAUUCAGGGUCAGCUGUUCUUGUUGUUACCUUCAGGGUACAUAGAGGGAAAUACAUGUGAGUAAUCUUUGAUCAAUCAUUUAAAAUAUCUAACAAAUCGCUUAUUUAGGUGACAGGUGUACCUAUGAUUCACUUAUAACGGUUGCUGGUAAACUGUGUUAUUGUGUUGUUUGUGUUUUGAAACUCUUCAUCCUUUAGAUUGUUGAAGUGUUUCGAGGGAUUCUGGUGACACCCUGUGGUGGCUGGUGCACAUUGCAGGAGCUCCUUCUUAAAAAGAACAUUUAUGGCCUCAAGUGGGAAGCAAUUCAUCCGAAAGAAAACACAUAUACUGUAUAUAUGUGUAUGUAUAUAUAUAUACACACACACACAUACAUAUAUAUGUGUAUACAUAUAUAUGUGUAUAUGUGUAUUUAUAUAGUUGUAUCUAUAUCAUCUCUAUAUGUAGCAAGAGUAAAAAUCCUCUUCUGUAUUGACUCCCAUUAGUAUUUUCCAGUUGUAUCACAUCUAUGCUGGGGCUACUGGUUCACUGAUGAAUGUUAAAGGUACCGUAUGUACCAUCGGCCACAUGCUCCAUUGACAUACUGGGUCCAUGCAAUCUAAAUGUACAGUCUUCAGUUGUAAAUACAUUACUACUGUGGUAACACGGUGGAUUCUCUGGAUCAAAGAAAGAUCCAGUGUGAGAGACACACAUUUCAAAACAAUAAUGGUGGCUCCUAAAGAAGUUAGCUUUGAUGCUACGAUAGCAUCAGUAAUUUCAGAACUGCAGAUUGUUUCUUCAUUGAAAGAAGAGCAAACAUGUUUUCACUCAUGUCCCGACUGGCUUCGGCAAGAGUUUGAUUGGCAGAUGUUUUUAUCCAUAUUUCUUUGAAAGUGCUACAAUGUGCUAUGAUGAGGGCUCCUCAGAGGGUUCUGGGAUCAGACACACAGGGUUUGGGUUUGCUAACGGAAGGUCUGUAUGCUCCACCUCCUGGUGAAGCAUACAGAUGUCAAGGCGCGAGUGGUUUUCUCCAUUCUGCCAAUUUGGAUACAGUUCAACAAAGAGUGUGAGAAGGUAUGCAGGCUGUACCUCCACCGGACAAGCCCAGGGUUACCUCUGCUCCUUCAUGUCAUAGUCCAGGACAGCCUGGUUACAAUGUGAAGCUAAUGUCUUCUACACAUUGGACCUUUUUAAAUAUGAAUCAUUGUUUACUUACAAGUAACUGGCUGUUGGUGGUGCCAACACACAUAUUGUGUGUUUUUAAGAAUAUUUAUAUCUAAUAUUUUCUAUGUAGGGCCAGUGUUAGGAGGCAACAAUAACAAACCGGUAGCCAUUAAAAGAGUAACCUGCACUUCAUUGUUUCACUCAAGAGACUUAACAAGAAACAGAUCAACAUGGACGCAGAACCAGAGACAUUGUGUGUUUGAUUCUACACAUCUUUAUUAAAAGCGAGUGCCUACAUUACCCACAAUGCAAAUGCUACGCUAUGGUGCCAAGGACAAAAGAGAGACACCAUUUAGCCUGUUUCUUUGAACAACAGUUUUCACUUCUCAAUACUAUGCUGUGUCCUCUGGCUUCUCCAUUCUGCUUCUGACGUGCAGCGUUUCCUAUGAUCCCAACAGUGAAAAGAUAUAAUAUCUAUAACAUGGCAUUCUUAAGGAUUAAUGUGUUAACAUAUUGUUCUUGCAUGUACUUUGUGUUUUUAAGUGUAAUGUUAGAAACAGUUUUCACGAUGUAACAUUCAUUAUGUAUUUGCUGAUUAUCCUGGUGAUAUGAAAGACACUGUAUCAUACCUGAUGCAUGGUGUUAAAGGUCCGAUCGACCACGUCACUCUUCUGUCUCUGAGUCUCUGUACUGCUGACAGAAGUUCUGCUUCUUAUCCUGGUGACAAAGUCAUGAAAUGGAUCCGUGGACUUUAAAGCUGGUCUGAGGUCUCACACACACAGCGCUGUAUGGCUAUGUAGAUAUUUGUAAAGACAAAGGUCUGUGAGGAAACACAAUGCUACUACAUCAGUAUUUGGUAGGCCUACUGGUCAAAAAAACAAAAAAACUUGAAGUUUUCUUGUCAAUAUAAAGGUUGCAGUUGUUGGGAAAUGUAAAUGCAGUUUCUUUACUGUUUGUGUUGAACCGUAACACUUCCUGUCCACAGUGUCAUGAGAGGUGAAUGCUCUCCAGUAGCAUGAAUGUGGUGUAUCUCAGCUCACCGUGUACAUCUGAGCUUCAAGUCUGAAUGGACUCGUUCUGCCGCGUUAUCGCUGAUCUGUCUUCGAUCAAGCAAAGUGUGUAUUUAUGUCUGUGCGGGAUUUUUCACAGUCUAUUCUAUAAUAUUCUUUAUGGUGUCAAUGUUAUUUGCAUCCAGAGACAAAUUCCUGUUUACCAUUUGUCAUUGAAUGAUAUCAGAAAUAUUCUUUUGCACUUAAUAAAUGUUGAAAACAAAUGAAACUGCAUGCCUGACGUGUUUGUAUUUGAUCUAAGCUGUUCCAGUCCUUCACCACUAGAUGGUGAUCACACCUCACAUUCCACACUGAAGUGUUUCAUCUCAGCUGUAAAUCAGAUGCUGAGUCCUACCUCACCAAACAGGCAUCAAACCUUUGUGAUUUUACACUAUUUAACAUACAAGAACGUGUAUUUCAGCUACAAUACUAAAUGCAUUGGGAGCAUCUACAUUAUACAAAAUGAAACUGUAAAAAAUUUUUUUGACAGUUCUGAUGGAGCUGGACUUCUCAUGAGGACGACUGCUAUGUUCACUUCAUUACAGUCAUGUUAUACGUGUCCAGUACUUCAGGUGACUAUGUUUUAUGAUUUAGUGAAUUAAAUUAAGUUUGUUCUCUUAAAAUCAAAGCAAACUGACUUUUUCAUGGUUUAAAAAAAACAACUAUACAAUGAAUUUUCUUCGACAUGCUACACUAUGACUACUUAUGAGCAUGUUCCAACAUACUGUGAUGACCCUCCACCUUCCAUACAGGUGUCCCGGUUGUUGUGCAUGUACUUUUCUGUUGCAGUUGUUCCAGCUCGUUUGUCUCCGUUUUGUUGCAGUGUCUGGACUUUUUGUUCAACAUACUCAGUGGUGGGCCGUGCAUUUUAUACCUGGGCCUUCAGUGCUGUCCUACUCCAGUUGAACCUCCUCACCACAGCUACAGUUAUUAUUUGUUUGGUGUAAAAAUGAAGCUCAACACCUAUAGAUACACUGACUGCAGAGUACAGAUACAUGAAUACGAGGUGCGUAAUGAACGGACAAUGCAUUGAAAAACCUGCGGAGCUAUCACAUCCACGCACUGAAGAGCACGGGCCAUUCAAAUAUUCACAUCAGAGGGAACAAUAUUAAAUAGACAAAUGAACACAGUAGUAAGACUACGAUCACUCCCUCCAGGAAAUACACGACACCUUAAUUCUUAUUACUGAUGGAUUUAUUCGUCUGUCAACACAGAGAGGGAAAAUGAGUCCACUUGAAAACCCAUGAAUCCUCAAAGAUGAUCACUUAAACACUUUAACUUAAACUCUUUAACUUAACUUUAACACUUUAACUCAACG